AUGGGUACAAGGCAAAACGCUAAUAAGAUCAGUAAUGCAGAGGUGAAGACUAAGAGAAGUCUUUCUGAGAAAAUGCUGUCACAGAAGCAGAAAAAGAAGAACAAUGGUGAGAAUCAAAGUGCCAACAAUCGGUUAUUGAUUACUGUUAACGUUCUUGGCAGUGCUGGACCAAUAAAGUUUGUCGUGAAUGAGGAUGAUAUUGUUACCGUGGUUAUCGAUACAGCCCUAAAAUUGUAUGCUCGCGAACGUCGCCUUCCGGUUCUCGGUUCUGAUGGCAAUAAUUUUCUUCUCUAUCCUGCCAAUGCAGGAUUGGACG